UCAUAGGAUGAAUUAGACCAAUUAAAAAAGGAAGCUUAUAACGAGCUUCAAACACAAAUAGAUAGUUAUAGCAAUAGCUUCAUUAGUCAUAUGCGGCGGAUAGAGAAAGGUCAUCAAGAAAAGGAUGAUGAUCAAGUACAAGAACUUGUGGAACUAUUUCGAACAGGUGGAUCUAUCAAGGACUACAGCGCUCUUGUAGAAUGGGAGUUGUGCAAGGUAAUACAUACAAAAAGUGUGUGUGUGUGUGUGUGUGUGUGUAUAUAUUAACAAUUCAUAUGAAGCAACCGACGACUUACUUUGACAAUCAUGGUGAAUGUGGGGAUUUAUGGUAAAAAAAAAACC